AGGCAAAAAGGAAGAGUAGUGGCAAGAAGUCAAGGAAGCUGGGCACCGACAACGAUGCAGUCUCCAGGAAUAAACACCUGGAUAGAGGAUCUGUAAUUGAACUCCUGGAGACGAAAGCUGUUAAGGCUGCAUUCGGCCCAGGCAACAAGGAUGAGAUGGAAUACUCCUACCCAAUCCUCAUCUCAUUCCUGCGCAAUCUUACUGAUGAGUAUGUUAAAAGUUUUUCUGUAAUGUUCAACAUUUAUGAAAUAUUGUGCAGUGGGAACUAAACACUCAUUAAAACACUUAUUUAAAAUUUUCUAGGCAGUGGCAAGUGAUCUACAAAGGAUUAAAAAACCCUAUGACGAAGGAACAGCUUGCCAAAUUGUGCAAGACAAUUGUAACCUUCAUCACACAGACCACCCUGCAGAUCCUGCUGCCAGCCCUGGCACGCGUACUGGGGGUGAAGGACUUUGCUGACGACGAUACUGACUCACCCAAGAGGGGUGGCAGUGCAAGACCCUUUGCUGCCUUUGAUCAGGAAAGACUGGAGCUCAUCCAGGAAGUUAGAUAUCUGGCGAAGAAAAUGUAUAAGGGCGGCACAGGGGCUCAACAUCUCAGGUCCCUAACACCCUCUUCUAAGAGGUAUGUUCCCCUCAAGGUUUUCAUGUAUGGAUUUCACCAAGAUCAUCUAUCCCAGUGUUAGCCAAUGCAUUUUACUCUAUCUGAUGUAGUACAAAAUGUAAUGUAUCAGCCUUUGAGCAUAUUCAAAUUAAUGAGCAUGAAAAGCGAUCAAAAGGACAUGUAGAUAUUUAGAAUACUAAAAUUACAACGCUUGACCGAUUUGCCAAGUUAAGACAGGAAUUAUCAUGCUUUGCUUGUUCGUUUUAAAGUUCCCAGACCUCAGUGAAAGUCCACCUGGGAAUGCCAGAGGACAGAAUCAUCAAAAGUGUCCAGGAGCAACUGUCUGAUCAUAAGAUCCUGUCCUCUUGCCCACCUGAGCUGACUGUUGGUCUUAUCAAGGUGGUGGUCGAACAGCUUAACUCAGCCCUCUCUGUGACCAUCAGCAGAGCCAUUUCAGGGCGGUCCUCCCCUAUUUAUUCUGGUACCCAGGCCGCUGAACAGAUGGUCAACAUGGUCCAGAAAUGUUUUGAUGAUCACGCCACUCCAGAGGACCAGAGCUCCACCUCUAAAUUAGAGUCAUGCAUUCCACCUGCAACAGAAGAGGUGAUGACUGUUAUCGCAGACAUGGUGGAUGAAUUGGAAAAAGAAGAUCCGGAAUUGGCUAAGGUUUUUCGAGAAGUGGCUGUGAAAGUUAAAAUGUUGGCAUCUGGCAGUGACCUUGUAGUGGAGCACCUGGAUGUUGAAGACUCUCCUGUUCCAGAGGAGCUGAACAUAAUAUGUACAUCUUGCAAAGCAAUGAUGCAAAAUCUUGGCACUCUGUUUAGUGCGAAGUUCAAGACCAAAGCCUCAAAGGCUGUGAGUGAAAUUCUUGUGAGAAGGUUAAUGAGCGAUAUCUCUGGUAUGGUUCAACCUUCUCAUUCGUUUAGUACCACUCCAAGCUUGAUGAAUGCAUCUAGCCCAUCUGACAGGAUCCUUGAUUCUGCGGCCACUGAGCUCAUACAGACCAAAGUAGAAUCUGAGGCAUCAAAAAUAAUUGAUAACUUUGUUGAAGAUGUCAAGGACAUUGUGCAGUGUGCUGAAUUAGAUCAGCCAACAAGCACCCAGAGAGAUACCCAAGUGGGACACUGUACGACAAAGCGGAAACCCUUCCAUGCAGCUCGUAGACUCUGCUACAGACUUCAGGCAAAGCUAGAGACAUUGUUCCUCAGAAUGGGUGGAGCUCCAGUCCAAGGGGAAGAACUUAUGGAAAAAGCUGACUCCAGUGCUGUGCUUCUGGAGCAUACUGACUCCAGUGAUCUGCCUGUUUCAAUCCUGAGCUUGCCUUCACCAUGUAGGAGUGAAUCCCUUAUAUCAGAACGCAGUUCAUCUUCUUUAUCUGAUGGACGUGAUUCAACUGACUCUGUAGAAGAGAAAACACCAGAGCAACCUGAAACCAGUAAGAGCGAGGCAAUACUGCAAGUGGUCAACUCAACAGGACUUGGUACUCUCCGUAAAUGCCAAAGUGAGAACUCUCAACCAUUACUGUCUCUCUGUGAUUCCAAACUGGUGCCCUGCACCAAAGAGGUCUUGUCCCAGAUUGUGACCAUGUAUAGGUCAGAGGUGGCAUAUUUGGAAUGCACAUCAUCUGUUGCAGAGGGUUCCUCUUACAACUCCCUUGAAGUCUGUGGCUUUUUGGACAGUGUCAUGUCUUAUCUAGAAGACAUGCCUGUGUCUGGUUCUUCAUGGUUGGAAGGAUUAAGAGAUACUCCAGCCUCAGUCAUUGAGAAACUCUCCAGUGAGGAGUUCCAGAUGAACGCUACCAACGAAGUGCGAAAAAUACUGAUCAAAUCAGUCAGUAGCUUUCCCAGCAAAGUCAGUUCCAGCCAGCCAGAUUCUCAGAUGUUGCCAGCAAAAUCAACAAUUUCCUUAAGGCAUACAGAUUUAACUGCUUUUGAAAUCGUUGGAUCAAUUAUAAAUGACAUGAAGAGCCUUUUCCCACCCACAGAGUCUUCUACUACUCUAUGGCAGGCAGACUCUAUGCUUCAACAGAGUGAUGAGAAAACCUCAGAGUACACUGAGGUCGCACCCAAAGGCUCACAGUCUGGUUUGGAAGUAUCUGAGAAGAAGAUCUGGACAACUGCAAAGACUAUUUACCACAAUGUGAAGACAAAGAUGAAGAAUUAUUUAUGGCAAAAGCAAGCCAAAGCAACAAUGGCUCAAGCCAAAAAGACCCUCAGCCAAAUUCUGGUUUCAAUUCAGAAAGAGCUGUCAAAAUCUGACCAAACGGUGACUGCAGGAGCGCUUUCACAAAUAGAGAAUGUGGUUGGAAUGAUGCUGAAGGACGUUGAAAGGGUAAGCAGUGAAUGUGGUGAGGAACUGAUCUGUCAAGUGCCACAGCGUUCUUCCUCCUCGUUGUCAUCAUCAUCUGCCAGAUCAAAGAAGUCAGAGUGGGAAUUUUCACUCCCUGGCACUUCCAUCUCUUCUGAUUUACCAGAGAGUAUUACUCAGCCCAUUGUGAGAUGCUCAGUCAUCGACAUGGGCAAAUCUACUAAGCCAAAAACAUUGGUGUGUGAUGCCAGGGAAAGCAUGUCUGCAAUAGUGGAUACCAUCAUAAAGGAGGUACAUCCAGAGGAUGAAGGGGAGGUUGCAUUCCACCCUGAUCUAACAGCUGCAAUAGCAAGACUGGAGGAGUUCAUAUCUCAGGGUAGGAUUGGUGCUCUCUCCCGUGAUCUUACUCACCAAGUCAACCGCAUCAUUUCUGAGAGCAACUUGACCCCUCUGGUUCUGACAGUGGCGGCUGGAAAGAGUGCAUCCGAUACAGUCCUUACUGAGCUGAAGAGGAAUGACAAGAAGGUGGGGAAGCCCACAGCUUACGAGCUGGUUCAGCUGUUUGCAGAGGAGUCUGUGAAGCGCCUCCUGCUUCCUAGCCUUGUGCCCUCUAUAGCUUCAAUGAGUUGGGCUCAGGGAGUUAGUGUGACGGCUUGCGUAUCUGAAGAUAGGAUUUCAUGCUCUUUUUCUACAUCAGCAUUUAGUGACACAGUCAGCCUGUUUACCAAAGUAAUGGUAAGCCAGGUCAUGGACUCUGUGGUUUCUGAUGCACAAAGCAGAGGGUCAUCUCCAACCGGAACUGUAACUGAUGUAGGCAGUCUACUGAGUGGUAAGUCCUACCCUCUGCCAUCUUUCUCCGCCAUCAGCAUGACAACAAGUGGGACCUCCAAUGCUGCACGAGGCUUUGAGGCCAACAUAGAUGCUGAGGAAAGGGAUACCAUCAGUUGUUUCGGUGUACCUCAGAGCAUUGUUUGUGAUCAGAAUUCAACCAGCCCGGAUAUUGUCUCGCUUUCAACCCCAUCCACUGAUAACUUAGUCGGUGAUGAUGACUUCACCGGCCUCAUCAGCAUGUUAGUGGUGAGACUUCUGUCAAAAAUCCAAACCCAAACUGAUCUGUACCCAAUUGACGUCACACGCACGUCACAAGACCUGAUUCCAAAAGUAAUAGCUGCCUUCUGUGCAUGGUCAGGCUGCUCUGAGACCCAAGCUUAUCCCAAGAACCUGAAGAGUCAUAAAGUAUACAGCACCAUCUACAAACAUCUGUUGAAGGAGUUUGGCUCAGAGAAAAUAGUCCAACUGGCCGUGUCGACUCAGGACUCCACAUUCAAUAGGAUUCUUGUGGAGUCAUUGAGCAAGGAGCUUCUCCACAGUUGUAAUGAGGCAUCAAGAGCAGCCUCAAGAACAUCUUUCGAAGCCACCUGGCCAGAAGCUCUUCCCAUGGCUGAAGAUGUGAAGGCUACCAGAGGGAAGCUGUCUUUCCUACAAAGGCUUGCCAGACUGAAAUUCGACUUAAAGCCAUUCAUGAUGGGAAACAAGAAGGAUUCCAAGAAGAAUUACCGCCAUUCUGAAUCCAAAGACCAGACUACUGCUGAAGAUAUCAUGUUGGCACAUCCUGCCACAUUUGGACUCCCAGAGGGUCUUCCCUCCACCUCUCAACAGGAGAAGCCUCGCAAACAUCCCCUUCUAAUCAGGAUGUUUUCUGCCAUCUCCAUAGGCCUAUCCAAGCCAUUCAAACGGUUUUCAAAGCAAGCUUAAUACAACAAUUUCCUUUAAUACAGUAAUAUUUGCAUUGAAUUGAUGGCCUUUGUCUUCUUUUGUGUUGCCCUGUUAACACAUUUGAUUAGAAAAUACAUAGUAUUUUUAGUUUAGUUUAUU